AUGGGUGACCAGAACGGUCGUCUAGACUCGCCGCAGAGUCAAGAAGCCGAAAAGUCAGCCAGCCCACCAAGCCUUGACCGCAGUCGGGAAAAUGAGGCUGUUAGGUCGGAUACAUCCAGUCCACUGUUGAAUACGGAACCGUUGCCGCUAGAUGAUCAGUCACAUUGCCCUUAUUGUCACCACGACUUCAGAAAACCCAGAGUACUGGACUGCUUACAUUCAAUGUGCGAGGACUGUAUAAUAGCGCAGCUAGAUGGGCGUCGAGAUGCGCAGAAAACUUCAGACCAGGAUAAACGUAAUCCCACUGACUGUGAGCUGGAAGCGCCCAAAUGCAAAGAACGACCAACACCACCUGGAGUAAUCCGUUGUCCAAUAUGUGCCCAAGAAUCGCACGUCGGUAAUGAUGUCAGAUACGUGCAUACGAUGCUUCUGGACUAUGUUCGAUUAGCUGAAAAUGAAGAAGCAGUGGGAGAACGACGAUGUCGGGCCUGUAAAUCAGAACAGCCGGCCAUUGCCGUGUGUAAACAGUGCCAGUCGGAUUUAUGUUCGAACUGCCUCACAGCUCAU